AUGGAAAGGCGACCCAGAGUUACUCUUCUAAACCCUACAAGUCCUUACAAAGCAACGUGGAUGUCUACUCUAGCCGACUUGCAACAGCACUUGCUCUCCUCCCCUUUGUUUCUCGCUUCCAAAAAACUACAAUACGCAUGGAAGCGUAAGGACAAUGGCCAUGUUGUAUGUGUGCUAGACGAGGGUAAACGGGGGAAAGUUGCCGUGCUCUCUGCUGUUGGCAGAGUCUCCGACUCUCAAGCCAAUGUCGACGGGGUUGGCGCUUGGCGCCCCUCUUUCAAUGAUCGCGUGGAAAAGUCCAAAUUCUCAUUCCUUCUCGAGAAACCGGAGGGCACCAUAUUCGCCAAAGAGUGGGAUCGCCAGCUCGAUAGCGUGGGGCGCAUUCAGCUGGGCAUUUGCGACAACUCCAAUUCGCGUCAUUUCCUAUUGGAGGACCCAUCGGGCAGCCUUUUACGCUUCACGAAACCCGUCUUCGAGAAGAAGCGAGAGGGCGACGCUGUGCUGGUGCACCCGCGCGACUGGACGGUGCCAGACGUAUGCGAGGAUGCUUUUGAAGAAGCUUGCAAGCGUUUUCACGUGCGCCCGUUGCAGGUGUACAAUGAGAAGAACGUGCUGGUGGAGGGUGACGACAUUCGAGAAAUGAUGGUGGGAAGUCUGGUGGAGGUCAAUUUCGUGCUGAAGCACUAUACGCUGAAAGUGUCCCAAUCUUCGCCAACACUCACGUAUGAUUGCUUCAGCGCAACCAUUGUGUCGGUGACGAUCCUGCAAAGCGGUAUGCCUGAGGAAAUGUGCGACUUCAUAUCUACUCGCGACAUCCGCCAAAUCAGUAAGGAAGAUACCGCGGCCGCAGACGCACUGUUGCACCUCAAGUCUUCACCCACCGGGGCUGCGCUUAUCCAAACUACCGUCGAUCCUCGACUGGUCAAUCAGGACAACAAGAGCGUUACUGCUCAGCCCGGCGCUCCGGUCUCCAUUCCAGAAAGAUUGGGCGAGCCACCAGUGAAGCGCGUCAAGCUGGCGACAAACGAAGAAGUCGUUGAUCAAGGCACGGUCGGUACGACUCCAGGCUCGAACCACCCUGUGGACUCAGUGGAUGCUGGCGAAGUUGUGGACCACGCAGAGUUCGAGGUGAUCGACCCCGACGAAGUGACUAGUGACUGA